CCGGGGCGUCACGGCACCGAUGUUUUCUCCGCGUUCCGGCCCGAGCUCGACCCGGCGGCAGCAGAACAGAACCCCGGCCGGGAGAAGGUCCGGCAGCCUUCUGCUCACCCCGCGCAGGACAAGGACAGACCAACACCCAGUCGCGAGCAGAGCCAUGCCACCUCCGACGGUCUCAACUACGACCUGCAAACGUUCGGCUCUUCGCUUCCUGUCAAAGUGAUGGAGGCGCUGAACGUGCUCGAUGGCGAGAAGCGGAUCUCGGUCAAAGUGAGCGAGAGCGGCUGGGCCUGGCUGGUUUGCGGGGACAGACUCAUCAUCUGGAAAAUCGGCCAGACGCCUGUUGCUAAGGUGCGUUUAAUUUGUUGUUGUUUGGUUUUUUUUUUUUUUUUUAAGUUUGUAUAUUUUGGCCCGCUGGACGAGGCCCCCGCGCAGUCCGUGUCCGCGCUGGCCGUGUCGGCCGAGGGCGCCGCCCGCUUGUGGGCCAGCUUGUCGCAGGAGGGCAAUUACGCCGAGGCUGACCUGGACCUGGGAGACCCGUGCGCCUUCGUGCUGGCCGUCAGCGGCGGCAGCUUCGUGGCGUCCUCGGCCACGGGUCGCAUGCUGCGCGUCGGGGCCGACUCUUCCGGAAGGCUUCAGCAGCGAGCGCUGCAACAGGGCCAGGGCGUGUUGUCGGGCAUCGGGCGCAGAGUGUCCAGCCUGUUCGGCAUCCUGUCGCCGCCCGCCAACGACAGCCUCCGCAGCGUGCUGUGGGUGAGCGCCACCGGCUGCCUCUACGCGCUGAGCGACUCCCGCCUCAGCAAAUGGGAGGUGGACGAGAGGGGGGAGCAGCAGACGGUCAGCUGGGACGUCCGGCGAGCUCUGAGCGAGAGCAUCGCCGACGCCAUUUGGGGCUCAGAGGCCAACUACGAGGAGAUGCGCGACGGCGUCCACGUGACCUUUCUGGACGUGAAGCUCAGCCAGGUCGGGCUGGUGGUCCUGGCCGCCGCCCGGCACCCGUCCGACACUCCCCCCCGCCUGGUCUACUUCUGCCUGGUCACCCUGCAGGACCUCGGCGCCGCCAUCUCCAACCAGUUCACCGUGGAAGUCACCAACUACAACCCCCACUUUCAGAGCGAGUCCCGACUGCGCGCCACGCGUCUCCUGUUGCCCCCUUCCCCCGGCGCCACCGCCUUCCUCUACGACGAGGAGCUGGUCUUCGCCUGCUCCACGGGAAGCGGCGGUGCGGCCCCCGCCCCCGACCAGAGGAUCCCCUUCGACUCUUCCGGUGACGGCGUGCGCGGCGGCGGCUGCUGCGCCAACCUGCCCGUCUUCUUCUCCCAGAAUAGCGGUCUGGUCGCCGUGGUGGCCCGGGAGAGCCCCUCCGUCCUGCCCGAGACCGUGGAGGACUCGCUGUGCUCGUCUCUGGCGGCGGCACCGGAGACGCAAGUUGAUGAUCUUCAAAUGCUGAAGGCGUCCACCGCGGCGGAGAGGUCCGGCGGCCGAGCUGAGCCCGUCGCUCCGGAGGACAAAGCCAAACUCCUGAAGGCGGCCUUCUUGCAGUUCUGCCGCAACGUGUCCUGUCACGAGUAG